AUGAGCAUCCGAGCGAUCGCCAACCUCUCCAACUGGUCCUUCGGGGCCAUGUGCAUCCUCUCGGCACUUCCCUUCGUUGGCAUCCCUUUCCCGAACCAGCGCGCGGCGGAUUACUACGCCGGCAAGAACAGGUGGAUAUCCGAGCUCUCCGGAGGCCGGCUCGACUCCACUCAGGCCGGGUACGCCGGCGCCGUGCUGCGGAUCGCGGUGGGUACCGCCGUCUUGGUCCCGGCGACGAGGGAAGCGGCUUUGCUGAUUAACGGGGCUAUUGUAACACGAGGCACGAUGUUGGCGGGUGCAAAUGACGCCUGA